AUGGACGGCUACGUGUUUGAGCGAAUCCUAAGUGUGCACCAACAGCUCUUGGGCUCCAUUUGUGCCAAGGACGUGGUUCGUUCAUUCGUGGAGAUCCUCAUGCGCUUCCAGGCUUCUUUGGUCCAUCGCGCCGACAGCAGCGUGUCUUCCUUCUGCGUCGCAUCAUCCCGGAGUGUUGAACACACCAGCGCCUCUUUUCACGCUGAAAUCGACGCCUUGAUAUCACGCUGCGGCUUUACCAAGAGUGAGACGACUUCGAUCCACGACUGGAAGCAGCACUGCAACUUCCUCCGACUCAACCAACAAGAAUCCUUUCAAACGGCUCUCGAUAGUCUCGUGGACGAUUUGGGCGAGGAGGAGGAGAGGGUCGAGGCAGCAACACUUCUUUUGCGAGCCAUUGAACGCACCGCCGCGAGUAUCGCGGGGCUUUCCGAUGAUCAAGAGCGCAUUGUGGUGCCCAAGUGGUUCAUCCCGCGGUACGAAGUCGAGGUCGGCACCCAGAUCAGCGCGGGGUCUUUCGGGGCUGUUCACCACGGCAAAUGGCUCAACGCUACCGUCGCUGUCAAGUGUUUGUUCCAAAGCGACAGGAAGAUCUUCUUGCGCGAAGCGAAUAUCUGGUCCACACUGAACCAUCCGAACGUGGUCAAACUCUACGGAGCGUGUCACGCUGGCAAUUCUUCCUCUCCUUUGCGCAGUCUCGAUGAAUCGGAACGCCAAACCGAGCGAAGACCGUUCUUCGUGUGCGAGUACGCGAGCGAAGGCACGCUCAACGAGUACCUCAAGAAGUGGGAAAGCAGGCACCAGUCGCGCUCCAACGUGUGGAAAUGUCUGUGCGAAGCUGCUCGAGGACUUCAGCAUCUUCACGAGAGCGGCAUCAUCCACGGCGACCUCAAGGGGAACAACAUCCUCGUCGGCUCCGACUAUCAGGCCAAGUUGACAGACUUCGGUCUGAGCGCUUUCGCGAAAAAGUUGAAAUGGACCGGAAGCACCAAAACCGUUUGCGCUAUCAGGUGGAAGGCGCCAGAACGCCUCGGGGGAUACGAUCGCGGGCCGUCCUUCGCGUCCGACGUCUACUCCUUCGGCAUGUGCAUCAUCGAAGCUGUGACCGGCACGUUCCCAUGGCGCGAGACUAUGGACGAAGAUGUGGUCAUCUCCGAGGUGACGCAAGGCAAACUACCCCCUCGCCCGGACGUCUUCAACGACGAGCAAUGGGAUCUUGUGUCACGCAUGUGCCGCUUGAACCCUGACGAGCGGGUCACCAUAGCUGCAGUCGUGGUGUUACUGGACUCGCUCUGUUGA